GCCCGGUCCCGGGUCGAUCUGGGGCGGGGUAUUUUGAGAAUCUCAGUAAGAUAAGGGGAAAACGGCGGCCUUCCGUGUCCUGUGGGGAGAAACUCGGGAAGCGCGGUGUCCUGAACCUCCGCGCGCUCCCGGAACUGCGGGGUUUUUCAGUAGAGGUCGCCGUGGCCGAAUCUCGCGCGGGUUCCUCAGACCCCCAUUACCCUGACAAGGCCUCGCCGCGGGGUCCAGGGGGCUACAGCGAGGCGCAUGACACGCCUUUUCCGCUUCAGGCGCUCCUCUGACAGAGGCGCACAGCCUCGACUCGAGAGGACUUGGGCUGGACAAUAGGGAAAGCCGGACGUGGGGAGCUGGCGAGUGCCAUCCUGAGCCGGAGCGCGGAAUCUGCCGGCCCGGAAGAGCAGGCUGCCCCGCGUCGGCCGGAAGCGCCGCUCGGGAGGCGGAAGCGGUUGGCUCCGGCGUGGUCCCGCGGGCGCAGGGGCCUCUCGGCGGCCCGGCCCGCAUAGAUCACCCUCUGUCGGGGGCGCCGGUACCACCCGAAGCGCAAGCGAGUGAAGUGAAGAAAAAUGUCUCAAAAGCAGAUGAAGGAAGAUUUUGUCAGUAACCUUAAUGGAACCAGCGUGCUGGAAAUCACCAAGGGCUUGUGCUAUCCUCCACUCUGUAUCCUAGUCAGAGGGCUUCUGAUCAUUUUCUCACAGCACUUGUGUUCUUCUUCACAUACCUGGAGAACUCAAUUCUUUAUUGACUUUGUGUUCCUAAUAGUUCCCAUGGUGGCUAUUUUGACCGUUUUGCAUCCAUUUGUUGGCCUUGAUUAUCUCACUGUAAUUAUCUUUGGGGUGGGGUUGCUCUAUCAAAUAUACCAAAGGAGGACUUGCUAUGCCAGAGUACCUGUACAGAAAAUCCUUGAGAAAUUCUUGAAAACCAGCCUAGAAUCAGAAUACAUUCCAGCCAUCUCUUCUUUCCGUGUAGUAAACAGUGUAUUUACUGCUAUUGCCAUUUUGGCUGUGGACUUCCCACUUUUUCCCAGAAGAUUUGCCAAAACUGAGCUCUAUGGGACAGGAGCAAUGGAUUUUGGAGUAGGCGGCUUUAUUUUUGGGUCUGCAAUGGUUUGUCCAGAGGUAAAGAGGAGAAAAUAUAUGGAAGGAUCCAGAUUUUAUUGUUUUAAAAAGUCAUUGUACUCUGUUUGGCCGUUAGUUUUCCUAGGAAUAGGACGAUUAGUCAUUAUAAAAUCCAUAGGCUAUCAGGAACAUUUCACUGAGUAUGGAGUUCACUGGAACUUUUUCUUUACCAUAAUAGUUGUAAAAGUGGUAACAUCACUGCUUUUGAUAAUUUUUCCUUUAAAUAAAUCCUGGAUUAUGGCCAUCAGCAUUACUGUAUUAUACCAGCUAGCCCUUGAUUUUACCCCGCUGAAGAGGUUAAUUUUGUAUGGCACUGAUGGCAGUGGCACAAGGGUUGGUUUAUUAAAUGCCAACCGAGAAGGAAUAAUCUCUACCUUGGGGUAUGUGGCAAUACACAUGGCUGGUGUGCAAACAGGGUCAUAUGUGCUUAAGAACAAAACACAUAGCAAAGACUGGAUAAAAGUCAUGUGUUGUCUUCUACUGGUAGCUAUUAGCCUCUUUAUAUCUCUUUAUAUAGUUCAAGUCAAUGUAGAAGCAGCAUCUCGAAGGAUGGCCAAUUUAGCCUUUUGUAUUUGGAUAGUUGCUUCUUGCCUGAUUCUUCUCAGUGUUUUAUUACUGGGCGACAUAAUUUUGAGUUUUGCAAAAUUUCUAAUUGAAGGGGCUGUAGUACCAUGUUCUUGGAAACUUACCCAGUCACCUGCUACAAAUAGAAAACAUUCAGAAUCUCUAGUCCCUGAAGCUGAAAGAAAGGAACCCAGUGUUUGUUUAAUCACAGCUAUGAACAGACACCAGUUAAUUUUUUUCUUGCUGUCAAAUGUAACAACUGGCCUGAUCAACCUGAUGGUAGAUACAUUACACAGCAGUACCUUGUGGGCCUUGUUUCUGCUCUAUUUCUAUAUGUUUACCAACUGUUUAAUUACAUAUGUAGCACAUUUACAAGAUGUGACUAUAAAAUUUUGGUGAUCAACAGGGACAGGUGUAUCUGUAUUUGAGCAAUAUUACUUUAAUGGGGAAAAAUAUUAAAUGUGAAGAAAAUGUGCUUUUGGUAACCCAGUGUUAACCAUAUUUUAUUAUAGAGUUUUAGUCCUUCCCUAUAAUAGUAGUGAUGCUUAGUACUUUAAUGUAUCGAUACUGUAUAAAAUAAACCAAGAGAACAAAGCCUUGGGACAUGUUAGAAUUUAUUAAAAGUCCAUAUUGUUUUUUUCUUUUGGUGGCUGGCCCAUGUGGGGAUCCAAACCCUUGACUUUGGUAUUAUAACACCAUGCUCUAGCCAGUUGGGCUAACUGUAUUUUAUAGAAACUGUUUAUAGUUGUGACACUGGAAGAUUGGAGGUGGAGAGGAGGAUUUUAUUUUCCAUCUUAAUGUGACCUUAUGGCAUUCUGUAUUUUUUAUUGUAUUUUAUUAUAAUAAAUGUAAUAUACAUUUAUAGUAGACAUCAAGACAUUUCAGUGUGAAUUAUGGAUUGUCAGUACUUCUUUACUGCUCAAUUUUGUGUGUGUGUGUGGGUGGCUGGCUGUAUCAAUUUUAAUCUUUUAGUAAAGCCUAGGAGUAAG